AUGGCGUGUUUUAUGCGCGGGCGUGUGUAUGGACAUGCCCUGGGCAUGUCUGAGGCGGUAUCUGUAUUGAUCAUUUGCAAUCGGAACCCACCCGUCACGGGCCCGGGGGCCGAGUCCCGAGUCCGCGCUCGGUGGAGGAAGCGCGAGGGGCGAAGGAGAAACAGCGACAGGGAGCGAACCCGAGGAAAGGGGCAGAGCGAGGAGCGGAGGCCGGAGGCGGAGGGAGCCGGCCCGGCUGGGAGGCGAGGGCCGGAAGCCGUGGGCGAUGGGCUGGCCCCGGCCGGCGGGAAUGCACGGAAUCCGGCCGGCCCGUCUGGCCCCAGGAAUGCGGCCGGCCCCCGCCGGAGGAGAACCAGCGGCCCCCGGGGAAGGGGGGGCGCACUGGCCAGGGAGAGAACCCAGGAGUCCUGGCUCCCAGCCCCUGCUCUCAGCCCCCCUCUCUCUCCCCCCGCAGGCAAUGUGUGCCGGCUGCUGGUGGCGCUGCUGAGUCUGUGCGAGGGGCUGCGGGGGCUCCCUGCUCCCCGCCUGAAACCCUCAGACCCCCGGGCCGACUUCGACUCCAUCAUCAGCCUGGCCAAGAACCUGCUGAGUGACACCAAACACCUCUUCCAUCACUUCAAAUCCCGGUACCCGGCCGAGGGGGAGCACAAGAUGGACACGCUGCCCGUGCUGUCCAUGAGCGCCGUGGAGUUGGCCAACAUCCAGGUGCCCGGAGGCCUGGCACGGCUCAGCGCGGACCUGCAGAACUACCAGAAGCACCUGGAGUGGCUGCGCCGGGCGGGGCCUGUGCUGCGGCCCCUGGAGCCGGACUUGGGAGCCCUGCACGCCCGGCUGGAGCGGCUGGUCAAACGCCUGGAACACCUGAUGUCCAAACUGAACCUGCCCCGGCCCAGCGACCCGCUGCCCACGCUGCCCUCGCACGGCACCCACUGGGCGGUGGUGCAGGCCGGCCACGCCCUCUUCCACAGCCUGCACCUCUACCUGGACUGGGCCGCCCGCGCCCUGGUUCUGAUCCGCAACAAGCUGUGACGACCGGUGCGGUGGGGGGCCCUGCCCCGGGGACACUGGGGACCCCCAUCCAGCACUCCAGGGCACAGGGACCCUGCCCCCCAGGCAUGGCCUCCCCAGAGCCCUCCCACACCAACAGGGGGUGCGGGGACCCUGUCCCUGGCUGUGACCCCCCCAGGGCCCUCCCACACCAACAGGGGGUGCAGGGACCCUGUCCCCGGCAGUGACCCCCCCACACCAACAGGGGGUGCGGGGACCCUGUCCCCGGCUGUGACCCCCCAGGGCCCUCCCACACCAAUAGGGGGUGCGGAGACCCUGUCCCUGGCAGU